AUUCGAAUGACAAAGCAAGCACCGCGUCAGGGGUAACUUGUUAUUGAAUCUCAAGUUACGAGAGAGAUAUAGGAAGCGGGAAGGAUAUUCUUCGCUUUUACUUCGGAUACGGGAGUACAGCCCGCAAAAUCUGCCCAUAACUUCGACCAUCAAAAGCUUCCGACACACACCCGUGCGAUAUUAUGUGCCACCACAUUCUCAACGCGCAGGUGUCGAUCCGGUCACCAUGCUGUCGAAAAUGGUUUGACUGUGUUGAAUGCCACCGCGAACAGGAAAGCCAUGAGCUCCUGCAGUCCUUUGAGAUGACAUUUGCAUGCAAGAAAUGCAAGAAAUGCUUCCGAAAGGACGCUUCAGAAUUUGAGGAGAGUGAUGAGUAUUGUCCCCAUUGCGAUAACCACUUUGUAAUCGAAGCUGUCACACCCAAACCCGCCCUCAAGAUCGAAGGAGAGGACGUUCGCGUCGACUCCAGAAUGCUGAAGGACGAGAGAGUACGCCAGGAAUCGCAAAGAUCUAUCUUCGAUGUGAAGGAGGCUCCGAAUAAAUUGGGAUAGAUAGCCUACAGUUGCAGGGAAUAACGACGUGAUGAGAAAAGUUUUUGACGAUAUAUGAGCUUCGGGCUUCCCCCAAGGUAUACACUCUAGAUUAAACCGCGAUCACAAUACGUCUGUUUGAGUAUGAUAGAACGAUUGCUUCUAAUGAAAAUGAGAACAAGAGUCUGAAAAAGGGCUGCAUGGUCAAGUAUCCCAACUCUUCAGCUCUCAGAACCUUCGCCGCCGGCCCGAGUCAGUAUCGCGGCAGUGCCGGUUCCUGGGGUCCUACCCGUCUUUUU